AUGGUGAUUUUGGAUGGUGCAGAUGCAGAUGGACUGAAUCCCAGAUCUUCACCAGGUCAUGGAGCCUCAGCCGCGCUUCGCGCCACUUUCCUCUCAGUCCUCACAGGUGUGAUCCUCGCCCUGGGGGCCCGGCGCGCGGGGCGCGUUGGGCGUGUUCCGCCCCGCCGCGUGCGGCGCAAAGCGCUGCCCUUUGGCAUUGCAGUGGCGGGCACGGGGUCGGUGGCGCCGGAGAUGGUGGUCUCCAACGACGACUUGUCCGAAGUCAUGGAGACCACGGACGAAUGGAUCACCCAACGCACGGGCAUCCGCAGGAGACAUGUCAUGGAGGACGAGGAAACGUUGGCGUCCUUAUCCGCAAAAGCUGCUACAAAAGCACUCGAGGACGCAAAGUUCAACGUGGAAGAUGUGGACCUCGUACUCCAUGCCACCUCCACUCCCGACGACCUCUUUGGCACCGGUCCGCAGGUGGCGUCCAUGAUUGGUGCCACGAACGCUGUGGCCUUUGACCUCACGGCGGCCUGCUCAGGCUUCGUUUUUGCCUUGGUGACGGCUGCCCAAUAUGUGCGUUCAGGCGCCUUCAAAAAUGUCCUGGUGAUUGGGGCAGAUGGUCUUUCCCGCUGGGUCGAUUGGUCGGACCGUGGCACCUGCGUCCUCUUCGGCGACGGCGCCGGGGCGAUGCUCAUCACGGCCGCGGAGAGCGAGAACGAUGCCUUGUUGGGUUUCGAACUUGGAAGCGAUGGCCAUGGAGCCUGCCACUUGGGUGUGAACGCGGAGAACGAGUCGUCCUUCCAAGUUGGUGCCAGCAAGAGCGCCCAGUCGGCCAAGUACGGCAAACUGACCAUGAAUGGCAAAGAAGUCUUUCGAUUUGCCACGAGCCGAGUGCCACAGACCCUGUCGAAGUUGCUGGAGCGACACCAGAUCGCCCCAGAGGAGGUCGAUUGGCUAUUGCUCCAUCAGGCCAAUCGGCGCAUCAUGGAUUCGGCGGCCAAGCGCUUGGGCAUGCCGCAGGAGAAGAUCAUUUGCAACUUAGACGAGUACGGCAACACCUCUGCAGCAUCCAUACCACUGGCCCUCGAUGAGGCUAUGCGUGAUGGCCGCGUGAAGAAGGGGGACCUCUUAGCCUGUUGCGGUUUUGGUGCUGGGCUCACCUGGGGAGGUGCCGUGCCGUGGUGUCGUGGUGGUGCCGACGGGGGAGAUGCUGUUUGA